AUGGCUGCCCGACCCCGACGUCUCCAAUGGGAGCCAGAGCCACCGCGAGUCAUCGCCGCUCUCCUCCUCUUCCUCCACCUGCUCGCGGCCGCGGGAGGAGCUGCUGCGGCUGCGGCCUCGGCAGCGCCAGCAGCAGGGCGCAGGGAGGCGGUGACGUCGCCGCACGGCGCCGUGGCGGCGGACGACUGGCGGUGCUCGAGGAUAGGCCGGGACGCGCUCCGCGAGGGCGGCAGCGCCGUGGACGCUGCCGUCGCCUCCGCGCUCUGCCUCGGCGUCGUCAGCCCGGCCUCCAGCGGCGUCGGCGGCGGCGCCUUCAUGCUCGUCAGGCUCGCCGACGGCACCGCCGUCGUGUACGACUCCCGCGAGACCGCGCCCCUCGCCGCCUCCAAGGACUCAAGCACGGCGGAGAUCGAGAUCAGAUCACAAGAAAAACUAUUUGUGAAAGGAUACGGCAAAGCAAUCAUGCCAAAUAUAAUACGACUUGCCAGUAGACUAGGUAGUUGA